GUCCUCCCCCCCGCCCCCACCCAAAGCUGCACAUCAUACAAGUGCAGACACGAAAAGAAAUACAGAAAAUAAAAAAAGACAAAAUACAACCCGAACCUCGAAAUGACGGAAGACGCCUGGCUCGCGGUGCUGAUCCUGUUCUUCCUGCUGCCGACGAUCCUGCUCUCGCUGCGCAUCUACUUCGACACGUCGCGGUACCUCCGCAGCGGCUACCUCGCCUCCAGCGUGAUAUCGCUGAUGUUCGCAAUAACGUGCUAUCUCUUCUUCGCGAUCGCCUGCGGCAUGACGUUCUACCGGUCGAGACGGCGAGUGCUGUAUAUGGACCGAGUGCCGGAUCCGGACGUGGCCACGGGACGGCGGAGGGUGCCGCCGCUGCGCGCCCUGGGUCAGCCGCUCAAGGAGGCGACGAUACUCCACAGCUAUAUCGUCCCCACGGGGCUGUGGCUCUGUAAGGCUAGCUUUGUGGCUAUGUACUUCAAUCUGAAACGACAUCUGAAUGCCACCACUAAGAAACUGCUGUAUGGCACCAUCGCGUACCUGGUCGUCUCCUACCUCGUGUUGAUCCUGACGCACGCCCUGUGGUGCGGCCGUAUCUUCGGAAACCAAUGGGCACGCACCCCGCAACACCACUGCACGCCCUUCACGCACGUGCUCAGCAUCAGCAUCUACGCGAUCACGAACAUCACGUCCGACAUAUUGGUACUCGCGAUCCCUCUGGUGAUAUUCUACUACAUCCAGGUGCCACCGCGCGAGAAGUACGCAAUCCUCUUCCUUCUGUUCCUAGGGCUGGCCACGAUCGCGACCACGGCGACGUGCUGCGCACUGCACAUAAAGUUCCGCUCGCACCUGCUGGUCUACUACUCAUUCAUCCAGCUUGCCGAGCUGCUCGCGUGUGUCGAGCUCUCGGUGGCCGUGUGCGCGGUCUCCCUGCCGAGUCUGAAGGCAGUGCUCUAUAGAAAGAGAGAGCUGAGGAGAAUGCGCGGCGAGAGUAAGCGCAGCACCACGCACACUGUUACUACGAACGCUAGCGCGAGGAAUACGAUGGAGCGAGGGCGCGGGGAGGAUGAGGACGAGGACCCGGAGGAGGAGCAGGCGGAUGGCUGGAUGCCCGACGGGGAGGAGGACGAGGGAAGACUCAUCAUCAUGCGCAGGAUCAGCUAUGAAGUCGAGUCCUCGCCCGCGGAGAUCCCGCUGCCGCUGUCGCCGUUGUCGCCGAUGUCUCCGGGGCCGGCUGUGAGAGUAUAACAUAACAUUGGGCUUUUUUCUUUUCUUUUCUUUUCUUUUUUGCUGGGGCAUGGGCUUGCGGAGUUGGCAUUGGAGUGGAGUCGGAACAGGAGUUGGUUUGGAGUUUUGGGCGUUUUGAUUUGGUCUCUUUUUCUUUUCUUUUUUUCUUUCUUUCGUGUUUAUGAGGUUGGGUUGGGUCAUGUUUGUGUAAUGUUUGUACCGAUAUGAGCGAUGACAUGAUGUACGGUAGUUAUCGCCGAUUUAUUUGGUGGUAUACAUAUUAAUGAUGAUGAUGAUGAUGUUGUUGUGGGCGGGGGAUAGGUAGGCCUCGAGUAUGAUGUUUACUGUAGUCUGUAUAGUCCAAGGAAGGGGAAAACUGUGGUAAUACUACAUGCCAUAUCGAUCAUGAAGAAGAUGGAAGUAAUACGGCAAAAGUACGGGUUUUUGGGGCCCUGAUACGGC